AACCCUGUGGCCUCUGCUUGUCUUGUUAAUAAUGAGGGCUUCUGGAUGUGGGCAGGGCUGCUGGGCUCUCCUCUCAGUCUCCUGCUGUUCUCAUCUCUCACGCCACACACACACACACACACACACACACACGCCGAUCCUGAUGCUGGAGUCAGAGCAUCACCUGCAGUGAGUCCCGGAGCAGCUCUCACUGCCGCUGUCUGGAUGUCCAUGAAAGGCAGAGGAUCCAAAUACCAGAAAAGAGUGUCUUUUUCUGAGGAUGAAGAUGAGCAGUGCUGGAAAGAGGAGAACGGCGGUGUGGACGCACAUUACCUGAAAUCCGGUCAGGGAAAGACGGGCAGGGAUUCAUCGGGAUAUAACCGGUACAACAUGAAAUCUUCGGAUAGCUUCCCCCAUCGCAGGAUGACCCUACCACGAGAAAAGGGCCGCAGACAGGCUGUUCGUGGACCGGCGUUCAUGUUCAAUGCCCGUGGCAGCAGCCUCACGGCAGAGGAAGAGCGCUUUCUGGACGCGGCGGAGUAUGGGAACAUCCCAGUGGUCCGGAAGAUGCUGGAAGAAUCAUCCACACUCAACGUGAACUGUGUCGACUACAUGGGACAGAAUGGGCUACAGCUGGCCGUCGGCAACGAACACCUGGAGGUCACCGAGCUGCUCCUGCGGCGAGACAACCUGGCCCGUGUCGGGGAUGCGCUCCUGCUGGCGAUUUCAAAAGGUUAUGUGCGUAUUGUGGAGGCACUGCUGGGACAUCCAUCCUUUGCGGGAGGCGAACGACUCACCCGCAGCCCCUGUGAGCUACAAGACGACGACUUCUACUCCUACGACGAGGACGGCACACGGUUCUCGCCCGAUAUCACACCUAUCAUCCUGGCUGCCCACUGCCAGAAAUACGAGGUUGUGCACAUGCUGCUGUUGAAGGGAGCCAGGAUAGAGCGGCCACAUGACUACUUCUGCAAAUGCGCCGACUGCACGGAGAAGCAGAGGAAGGAUUCAUUCAGUCACUCGCGCUCCAGGAUAAAUGCGUACCGUGGACUGGCCAGUCCGGCGUAUCUCUCUCUGUCCAGCGAAGACCCGGUACUGACCGCGCUGGAGCUGAGCAAUGAACUCGCCAAACUCGCCAACAUCGAGAAAGAGUUUAAGAAUGACUACAGGAAGCUGUCUAUGCAGUGUAAAGACUUUGUGGUUGGCGUUUUGGAUCUGUGCAGGGACACGGAGGAGGUAGAGGCCAUCUUGAAUGGAGAUAUAUCUGCUGAGCUCGAGGAAGGCCAGCAUCAUCGCUCCCUGCUCAGUCGAGUCAAACUGGCCAUUAAAUAUGAGGUCAAGAAGUUUGUGGCUCAUCCGAACUGUCAGCAGCAGUUGCUGACGAUCUGGUAUGAGAAUCUGUCUGGUCUUCGGGAGCAAACCACUGCAGUGAAGUGUCUGGUGGUUUUGGUGGUGGCGCUGGGACUCCCUCUGCUAGCUGUGUGGUACUGGUUUGCUCCAUGCAGUAAACUUGGUAAAGUACUACGCAGUCCUUUUAUGAAGUUUGUUGCUCAUGCGGCCUCCUUCAUCAUCUUCCUCUGUCUGCUGGUGUUCAAUGCAUCCGAUCGCUUCGAAGGCAUCACCACCCUUCCCAACGUCACCGUCACUGACUACCCUCUCCAGAUCUUCAGAGUCAAGACCACACAAUUCUCCUGGACAGAAAUACUGAUCAUGGUCUGGGUAGCAGGAAUGAUGUGGUCGGAGUGUAAGGAGCUCUGGACGGAGGGGCCGAGGGAAUAUAUCAUGCAGCUGUGGAACCUUCUGGAUUUCGGCAUGCUCUCCAUCUUCAUCGCUUCAUUCACAGCCCGCUUUUUCGCCUUCCUACAAGCAAUGAAAGCCCAGGAGUAUGUGGAUGAGAAGAUCCACGCUCCAGACCUCUCAAUGGUCACGCUGCCACCAGAUAUCAAAUAUUUCACAUACGCGAGAGAUAAGUGGGUUCCGUCGGAUCCUCAGCUGAUCUCUGAGGGUCUGUACGCCAUCGCUGUGGUCCUGAGCUUCUCUCGGAUCGCCUACAUCCUCCCGGCCAACGAGAGCUUCGGGCCGCUGCAGAUCUCUCUGGGACGAACCGUGAAGGACAUCUUCAAGUUCAUGGUCCUCUUCAUCAUGGUCUUCCUCGCAUUCAUGAUUGGCAUGUUCAUCCUUUACUCUUACUACCUGGGGGCAAAGGUUAACCCCGCCUUCACCACGGUUGAGGAGAGUUUUAAAACUCUCUUUUGGUCCAUAUUCGGGCUGUCUGAAGUCUCUUCUGUGGUGCUAAAAUACGAUCAUAAAUUUAUUGAGAACAUUGGCUAUGUGCUGUACGGGAUCUACAAUGUUACCAUGGUGGUGGUUCUGCUCAACAUGCUCAUUGCCAUGAUCAACAGCUCGUACCAGGAAAUAGAGGAUGACGCAGAUGUGGAGUGGAAGUUCGCUCGGUCUAAACUCUGGCUCUCAUAUUUUGACAACGGCAAGACUCUCCCGCCUCCGUUCAGCAUCGUCCCCAGCCCGAAGUCCUUCUAUCUGUGUGUCAAGAGACUGGUCAACCUGCUGCGGUGUCGCCCGCGCCGCCUGAAGAAAGACGUGGAGCUGGGCACGGACAACUCCAAGUCCAGACUGAACCUCUUUACCCAGUCUAACAUGAGGAUGCCAGACUCUCACAGCUUCAACAGCAUCCUAAAUCAACCCACACGCUAUCAGCAAAUUAUGAAGCGUCUCAUCAAACGCUAUGUACUGAAAGCACAAGUGGACAAAGAAAAUGAUGAAGUGAACGAAGGCGAGCUGAAGGAGAUCAAGCAGGAUAUUUCCAGUCUGAGAUAUGAGCUGCUGGAGGAGAAAUCUCAGGCCACAGAAGAACUCUCACUCCUCAUACAGACACUCAGUGACAAACUCAACCCACGAUCUGUCCAUCCACACUGACACAAAGCAACGGUGAAGUCAUUCUUUAUCUGAAAUAAUUUAAUAUGCAGGGAUCCCGAGCUCUGUCUAAACAAUAGCAGAUGAGGGCAUAAAAUAUACACUUCUUCUUUAAGUUACUGUUAACUAAGGUAAAAUGUGGGUCACUCUACUGGACAGUGUUUUGUUUUCUUUUGUUUUGUUGAUUGACAGCUCCACUCAAAGAUUUUUGUAUUCGAAUUUCACAUACAAUUUCCAGCCAUUAAGGUUACACAGGUAAAAAAAAAAAAAAAAUUAUAAAUAAAAUAAUAAUAAUAAUACAUUUAAUGCAUAUUUGUCAGUCAUACAUAAAUGGCUUUCAGAAAGAUUCAGUAUUUCAAAAAUGUUAAUGUCUUUGAGAUGCUGUUUUAGCUCUAUUCAUAUUUUGAAUCUAGUUUUAUUUAUUUUACAUUUUAUUUUCAUUUUAGUUAACGUUUUUA